GAAGCACACGUGUUUCCUGUGUUUUCUCGUCAGUCUCAAUGGUGAGGAGGUCGUCUAACUAAACUGUGUUUAGCCAGUGAAUGUUGUAAAAAUGGUGCGUAAAUUAAAGCACCAUGAGCAGAAGUUGUUGAAGAAGGUUGACUUCAUCAACUGGGAGGUGGACAACAACCUGCACGAGGUCAAAGUACUGCGGAAGUAUCGCAUCGAAAAGAGGGAGGACUACACCAAGUACAACAAGCUGAGUCGAAACAUCAGAGAUCUUGCCCAGAAAAUCAGAGACCUGGAUGAGAAAGAUGGCUUCAGAGCUCAGAGCACGCACCGACUGCUGGAAAAACUGUACAGUAUCGGCCUCUUGCCCACCAAACAGAAUCUGUCCCUCACAGAGAAAGUCACAGCUUCUUCAUUCUGCAGGAGGAGGCUGCCCAGCAUCAUGCUGAACCUCCGUAUGGCUCAGAACCUGAAGACAGCCAUCACCUUCAUCGAACAAGGACAUGUGCGCGUCGGCCCAGACAUCGUCACAGACCCAGCGUUUCUCGUCACAAGAAAUAUGGAAGAUUUUGUCACUUGGGUGGACUCCUCCAAGAUCAAGCAGCAUGUCAUGAAUUAUAAUGAUGAGAGAGAUGACUUUGAUCUGAUGGCAUAAGCCUGUUGUCUAACAUCCAUUCAUCACCCUGGAGGACAAGAAAGGGACGAGAACUCUGCUCUUGUAAUGGUGGCGUGAAAAACAGCCCAGAAGUCAACAACAACAACAGGAAGUCGAGUUUCCUUGGAGCAGGAGCGGCAGGAGCGCACUUCCAGGCUUUACAUUGUUCACCUCUCUUUUGAUAUCGUCGACAUCUGCAACUAAAAUCUGAUCUAUCGACAGUUAACCAUCUGAGACUGUAUUUAUGUCUGUCAGCAUCACGUGCUCCUCCACAGACUCUGUCGUUUCACUCCAACACUGAUCGUCCACUCUCUGGUUGUACAGAGCAGCUUCCAGAGGUGUGUAGAUGACGGUUCCUUCUCCUGUACGUCCAUGUCGUUUACUCUGCAUGUUCUUUGUGCGAACAUGAGCUGGAUUCACAGGGUGUGUAUGUACAGAAUGUGACUGUCACUGUGUGUGUUCAUGAUAUUAUAGGUAUACUGUGCAGGAAUUGUUGGUUAGUCAGCCCCAUCCUCUCCUUCAGUGCUCGCCAGACAAAAUGAAAGCCAAGCCCAGUGAAAUCCUGCAUGGUAUACCUUUAACAUAACUUGUGUCAGAAAUACAGCUGUGAAUCAGAAACGACAAUUUGAUAAAUAUUUAAUAUUUUCACUAAGACAUUGUCACAAUGUAAACUUUUUGACCAAUAAACAUUCUUUUGUCACAGUA